UGCCCCGGCUGCUCUCGGUCCUGCCCUGCCCUCACAUGAGUGAGUGCUGAGGCUGAGAGAAGAGCAGACAGCCCGGCGUCAUCAUCGGGCUCCGAGCGCCUGAUUUCACCAGGUUCACCUGCUGCUCCGACUCCGCUGAAGGUGGAGCGAUGAGUACCGCGGAUUCCUCUCCAAACGCCGACUGCUUGCGAGAUUGCUUGCGGACCAGCGGCCACAUACUCUCCUUUUCCUCCUGCCCACCCAAGGUGGCUGCAUGCGAGUGCCACCCCACACUGCCAGCCUGACUGUACCCCUGGCUUUGUGACCUCUCUGAGAGCUUCCCCUCUGGACACUGCUACACUUCUGCUAUUCGCCAUCCCUGUCUGCUGGCUGCCCUCUUCCCUGCUGCUGUCCCUGUCCAUGGCUGGCCUGCUAGGAUCUGUGUUCCUCCUUGUCCUGCAGACAUAUGCUGCUCCUCCAGAGUUCAUCCAGGUGUGGCCCAGUGCGUCCACCUCAGGACCUGGACUUCUUGCUAAUGAGACAGUCACUCCCUCCCUGGUGCCUCCCCCAGGCACCAGCAAGCAUCCCCCCCACAGCAUCAUUAUUGGCGUCCGUAAAGGAGGCACCCGUGCUCUGCUGGAAAUGCUGGACAUUCAUCCAGAAGUAGCGGCGGCAGCUACUGAGGUGCACUUCUUUGAUUGGGAUGAAAAUUACUCCAAGGGCUUGGAGUGGUACCGUGAGCUAAUGCCAUAUUCAUACCCCCAUCAGAUCACCAUAGAAAAGACACCAGGCUACUUCACCUCACCGUUAGCUCCAGCACGCAUCCGUGCCAUGAACUCCUCCAUUAGACUUCUACUGAUCCUGAGGGACCCGGCCGAAAGGGUCAUCUCAGACUACACACAAGUCUAUUUCAACCGGUUGGAGAACCACAAGCCUGUGCAGGCCAUCGAGGACAUGCUGGUCAGGAACGGAGCUCUAAACACACGCUACAAGGCCAUUCAGCGCAGCCUCUACGACGUCCACAUGAGGAACUGGCUCCUGCACUUCCCUCUGGAGCAGAUCCACAUUGUGGACGGGGACACGCUGAUCCGUGACCCUUUGCCUGAGCUGCAGAAGGUGGAGCGCUUCCUGGAGCUGCCGCCCCGGAUAGUGGCCUCAAACUUCUACUUCAACCAGACAAAGGGCUUCUACUGCAUCCGCAGUGAUGGCAGAGAGCGGUGCCUGCACGAGUCUAAAGGGCGCCCCCACCCACCCGUGAAUAGCACUGUCCUCCAACAGCUCCGCUCCUACUUCCGCCAGCACAACCGCAACUUCUACCGGCUGGUUGGACGCACCUUUAACUGGCACUAGCUGACCCCACCUGGGCCGAGCUUCCUUCCUUUCCAUCCGAGUCCAGUUAGAGGGCUUAAUGACAGUGAUAUUGAGCAGGAGUGCAGAUGGAAGCACUUUACAUCACCCUCCUCCCCCAAAACUUCUCCUAAAUGCCUUUGAACUCUUACAGAGUCUGUAGAAUAAUUUUGCAAUCAGAAAAUUGUAACAGUUAAGAAAAUAAUUAUUGAGUAACAGCAGGAACGCCCUCAAGCAUUGAUCCUCCGUACUAUAAGUAAGUCACUGGAGGAAGACUGAAGCAAACGGUUUUGUGAACUUAUGAACUUCUCUUUUUUCUUUGUUUGUUUGAUAUUCUUGUACUUGAUAAUAAAUGGUUGCUUUCAAACUGAGACAUCAGA